UUCUUUCUCUCCACCUUUCUAUCUCCCUCUCACCACCCCUGAGUUCCACCUCAGGGUGCCGCAGAGAAUUCCAAAGAGAAGCACAGAAGAGAGAGGAAAGAAGAAGAGGGAGAGGAGGAAGAGAAAGGUGCAGAAGGUCCAAAAGAAGAGAGAGUGUGUGUUUCUGUCCGUGUGUGAUCACCUUGGGCUGGGAAGCAGCUACUUGGUGUGCAGAGGCGAAGUGUAAGAGGAGAAUUAUGAGCCCAACAGAAGGUGCGACGUUUCCGCUGGUGGCGGUCGCCAUUGAUAAGGAUAAGGGCAGCCAGAAUGCCUUGAAAUGGGCUCUCGAUAACAUUGUCGACAGGGGCCAGACCAUCACCCUGAUCCAUGUCAAUACCAAGCACCCGGCACCGGGGCACCAAGAGGACCCUACCUUUGCAGGCAGUCAUUCAAAGGAUCUAUUUGUUCCCUUUCGAUGUUUCUGCACGCGUAAAAAUGUACAAUGCAAGGAUAUCAUACUCGAAGACACUGAGAUAGCAAAGGCGAUCAUAGAGUUUGUCUCGCAUGCUGCUAUUGAAAAGCUUGUCGUCGGUGCACCUUCAAAAAGUGGAUUUGGAAGAAGAUUUAGGACUACAGAUGUCUCUACCAGUAUUUCCAAGGGUGCACCUGAUUUCUGCACCGUUUACAUCAUAUCCAAAGGGAAGGUGUCUUCCAUGAGGAAUGCUGUCCGAGCAGCGCCGGCCGUCUCCCCGUUCCGGGCUCAAAUUCAAAACCAAACAAGUAUAAGAAGUGAACAUGUAGACCCACAUCACCCUCAUGGUGUCAGAGGAGAGGCAGCAUUAGAGAAUUGGAAUGUGCAGAGCGAACGGGAACCAAUCAGGUCGCCAUUCACCAGAGGAACACGUGUCUUAACUGGAAAAUCAUAUACAGAGAGUAUAGGAGACAGUGAUAUAUCAUUCGUGAGUGGUGGCAGGCCAAGCAUCAAUCGCAUCUUUAAUCAGAGGUCGUCCAACAUGUCUGACGGCUUAGAUAGCAGCUUUGAGAUGCAAUCCCCACACAAGUCGGUGGGUGGCGGUUUCUCAUGUGGGACUGCAUUCUCUUCAAUGUCUCAGGACAGCACACCAUCAUCUCUCACCAUGGAAGAUGUGGAGGCGGAGAUGAAGAGGCUGAGACUAGAACUCAAGCAGACAAUGGACAUGUACAGUACAGCCUGCAAAGAAGCACUCACAGCCAAACAGAAGGCAAAGGAGCUCCAUCAUUGGAAGAUGGAGGAAGAGAGGAGGUUAGAGGAAGCUCACAUGGCGGAAGAAGCUGCCCUGGCUUUAGCAGAGAAGGAGAAAGCAAGAUGUAAGGCAGCCAUAGAGGCAGCUGAAGCCUCCAAAAGGAUCGCAAAGUUAGAAGCACACAAGAGAAUUAAUGCAGAAAUGAAAGCACUCAAAGAGGCUGAGGAGAAGAAGAGAGCAUUGGAUGCUUUAGCACAUACAGAUGUCAGGUAUAGGAAGUACACGAUAGAGGAGAUAGAAGUGGCCACGGAAUACUUUUCUGAGAAGCGGAAGAUUGGAGAAGGUGGCUAUGGUCCUGUUUACAAAUGCUAUCUGGAGCACACACCUGUCGCCAUUAAAGUUCUGCGGCCGGAUGCAGCUCAAGGGAGAUCUCAGUUUCAACAAGAGGUUGAAAUUUUAAGUUGCAUGAGGCAUCCAAAUAUGGUUCUUUUGCUGGGUGCCUGCCCAGAAUAUGGCUGCCUUGUCUACGAAUACAUGGCUAAUGGGAGCUUGGAAGAUCGCUUGUUCCAGCAAGGAAACACACCACCAAUCCCUUGGCAGCAUAGGUUCCGCAUUGCUGCUGAGAUUGGCACAGGCCUCCUCUUUCUGCACCAGACAAAGCCAGAGCCACUGGUCCACCGAGACCUUAAGCCUGCAAACAUCCUCCUCGACCGAAACUAUGUCAGCAAAAUCAGCGAUGUUGGCCUUGCCCGCCUGGUUCCCCCAUCUGUUGCGGAAAAUGUCACUCAGUAUCGCAUGACCUCCACUGCUGGAACAUUCUGUUACAUUGACCCUGAAUACCAGCAGAGUGGCAUGCUUGGUGUAAAGUCCGACAUUUACUCUCUUGGGAUCGUGCUGUUGCAGCUGAUCACUGCAAGACCUCCCAUGGGACUGACACAUCACGUGGAACAUGCAAUCGAGAAGGGGACAUUCACAGAAGUGUUGGAUCCAUCAGUCAUAGAUUGGCCAGUGGAGGAAGCCUUGAGCUUAGCCAAUAUAGCACUCAACUGUGCAGAGCUAAGACGGAAGGACAGGCCAGAUCUUGCUACAAUAGUGUUGCCGGAGCUUGAAAGACUGAGAAAUCUUGCAGAAGAAAAUAUGCAACAUUGUGCAUCUUUUGGCAGCUCACACACCUCACCCAUACACAGCCAAGUUUCUUUUCCGGAUGUCUUGAGCCCUCUACCUGGACAAUCUGGAUAUGAAAGCUCGAUAACCCGAUCAAGUGCAUCAUCCAUGUAUGGAAGAUGAUCAAGUGCUGCCUGAGAAUAUAGGGAACAGAUAAACCUGACAUAAAGCUCACUGAGAAGUACAGAAGGCUAUUUGCAUAAGGAGCCAAAAGAAUAACAUGAUUGCUCAGGCAGCUUUGAAACCAUUGCAGAAGCUGAAAAUCCAUAGUCAGCUUUUCAGCACUGAGUAAAACCAGUUGCUAUCUCAAGUAACAGAUCCUUCCCUCUGGGAACAGACAAGCAUGCUUAAGAAAAUAGCACAAGAUAUCAUUACUUCUCUUAUUCCCAUUUUGUUCAAGCUGGAGAUCCAACUUUUUAUUAGUUCCGAUGCCCGGAAAGAAAUGAUAAAAGAAGUCUCGAGUCAAGGCCUUUGCAGACUGGUGACAAGUCAUUGUGAAGGUGCAGCUUCUGCAUCAUGGUAUUGUCCAAAGCUCUAGGGUAAAGAAAUAUAGUUGUAAUCUGUAAUUUUCAGAUAUGCUUAUUUAAAAUAUGUACUGUCGAUACAACUACCACUUGUACCAUUUUACACUAAAAAUUUUCUCUUCUCAAUUUUUCUUUGAAAAAAUGAUUGCCAAAGCAGAACAGUUAUGAGAUAAA